GGCUCUCAUGUUCCCAUUCACAUUUCUUAUAAGACUCUUUAUGCACCUUAUUCCCACUGUCCCACUUCCCUCUCCCAUACCAUACUCCUCAGAUUUUAGUUUGCACCAUUUCCUAGUGUGCCCGUGUGCCACACACAUAAAAUACACAACACCUCUCUUUUUUUUCUUUCUCUCUCUCUCUCUCUCUCGGUUGUUACUAGUAUCAUACUACUAUGGCUUCUGCAAGUGGAAAUGGCACUUCUGGCUCUCCUUGCGGUGCAUGCAAGUUCCUCAGGCGAAAGUGUGCAGCAGACUGCAUCUUUGCACCUUACUUUUGCUCGGAACAAGGGCCUGCUAGAUUUGCAGCCAUACACAAGGUGUUUGGUGCUAGCAACGUUUCCAAGCUGCUUUUGCAUAUACCAGCUCAUGAUCGUUGUGAGGCCGUUGUCACAAUCGCUUAUGAGGCUCAGGCUCGUAUCAGAGACCCUGUCUAUGGCUGUGUGUCUCACAUUUUCGCCUUACAGCAACAGGUGGCAUGCUUGCAAGCACAGCUGAUGCAAGUGAAGGCUCAGCUGGCUCAGAACCUGGUGGAGUCCAGGAACAUAGAGAAUCAUCAGUGGCCAGGGAAUAACACUAGUGUUGCAGGACAACCUAUGAAUCAUCCUAUUUGUCCCACUUACAUGAACCCUAUAUCUCCUCAAAGCUCUCUUGAGUCAAUUGACCACAGCAGCAUCAAUGACGGAAUGGCCAUGCAAGACAUACAAAGCAGAGAGGAUUUUCCAAUCCAAGCUUCUAAGGAAAGAUCAUUUAACAACAAUGACUUGGGGGAGCUUCAAGAACUAGCUCUCAGAAUGAUGAGGAACUAGGUUAGAAGCAAAGCUGGCCUAGAAGGAUGUUCCUUGAUGUUGAGGGGACAUGGUCUUUUGCUAGUGUUGUAUAUAAAAUGAGAGUGGCAUGAAGAAAACUGGCCAAACUGAUAAGCCUAAAGGUUUAAACUAUGCAUUAGGCUUUUCUGUUUGUGGAUUCAAUCCAAAAGAAAUUAAUUUUUUUUGCA